GUGAUAACAUGCCACCAAUUUUUACAUUUAUUACGGCUUUUUCUUAUUUUGUUUCUUUUGUAUAAGGAAGCCUUUUACUUUUAUUACUAUGUUAUAGAUACAAAGUAUCCACCCCGUUUAGCAUCGACUAAUCUUUGACGGGCAACCGGUUGAACACACAAAGUGGAUUCUCUUAUAAGGAAGGCUUGUAACUUUACCCUCUAUAAAAUCCUGAAUUCCGCAAACACUCCUCAUCCAAAACAAAGAAGCGAGGAAGUAUUUUCAUUUUACAUUAGAGUUUCUGCAAACUAUGGAGAAGAGCGAUGGGAAAACCUGUGGGAUUUGUGGGAAGUGGUUCUCCGGUGGGAAAGCCCUUGGAGGCCACAUGAGAUCUCACAUGGUUCAUUUGCCGAUUGUUCCAAAGCUUGAAACUAAUACUCAAGCUGUAGACAAUUCGGCCGAUUCAACCCAUCGUCGAAAUCAAUUUGCUUCCUCACAGACUUGUCUUCCCGAAAUACAGCAAACACAGAAUUUCCUAUCCAUGAAACAAAACUUCACUGCCUCCUCUGCAAACUCAAACAGAGAAAAUGAAUCUGUGUCCAACCCGAAAAACCCAACCCGCAAGAGAUCCAAUUGCGGACGCGAACUUAAUGCUGCGGCUGAUACAGAAGAUAUGUCAAGAGAUCCAGGUGUUUUGAUGGUAUGGGGAUUUUACAAAGAUGCACAAAAAAGGGAAGGGAUCAAGAAACAAAAAAUGAGGGAAGAAAAUGGCGAAAGCAGUAGAGGUGACUCGCUUGCACAAGCAGACUCUGAAGCCAGGUUCAACUGUGAGAGGUGCGGAAAAAUGUUCCGAUCUUAUCAAGCUCUUGGUGGGCACAGAGUAUACUGCAAAAGAGACAAUGAUGGUGAUUUAAUAGAUCAGAAACCUUUUCACUGCCCAAAUUGCAACAAAGUGUUCAAGUCUGCUCAGGCACUCGGUGGACACAAGAGGGUACACUCUUCCCGUGCUAAUGAAUUUCAAAGUGUGCAACACCCGUAUUGAAUUUUCAAGUCCCCAAUGAUGAUCCUCGAAUUCUCAAAAAGCAAUUGUAGAGAUAGGGAAUUUACAGACUUCAUUUGUGAUUCUGUACACAGUUUUUAACUGUGUUCAGUUCUGAAUGUUCUGAACAAUAAUUCAUUUCAAUCAUUUGGGU